GGUGAAAAUCAGUGAGUGCCAUGCCUAGCGCCUGGCAAAGAACUAAUAUAAUUACUACUUGAAAGAAUUGUUCCGAUAUCAAGGAAACAGGUCUUCUACACUCUGCUCUGUGUGCGACACCCGUGUCUGCAUCUGACCUGACUUUAUUUGCUUGCUGGAGACGCGAGUGACUAGCAGUACUUCGUAGUAAUAUUCUAGCGUUAGCUGCCAUUCGUGGAUAAUCUGUAGUCUGUACUAGUUCAACAGCAGCAUCAUCAUCAUCGCCAUGUCUCACUACACACUGCUUAGCAUCGUGUUGUUCAGCUUUCUGGUGGGGCAUUCCGCUGCGUACAUCCAAUGCGGCACGAGUUCUUGUCCACCCACCGGUUACCCAGACAAGAUUGCUUGCUGUACGGUCAACUUCGAAAGCUACUGCUGUGAUCCGGCGUCUAUCCUAGCCGGCUGGGCCAUCGGAGUCAUCGUGACCGGCUGCAUCAUGACAGUGGGUGCCAUCUUCCUGUGCUGCUUGUGCUGCGCGUGCUGCCCGCUCUUCCACUAUCGCCGGAACACCAGCCAAACGACGGUCGUGACCGCCACCAGCUACCAAGCAGUGCCCCAGGGCGCACCAGCGUACCAAAGCGCACCGGCAUACCAGGCCGCGCCGUACCAAGCAGCGCCGUACCAAGCUGCGCCGUACCCGGCUGCCGCAGAUACCAAAGCGAACCCACCGGCAUACAGCUAAGCACCAGUUGAUCGUGCGUGUGUGUGUGUGGGGGUGGAGAGGUAAAAAAAUGCUGAUUUUCUGAGGCCAGGAAAGUAGUCUGAGAUGCGUGAGGGCUGUAUUGAUGAUCUCAUGCCUUGCCGCUAUCUCAAGAUUUGUCCUGGAGUGUUCUCUGUUCAACACCAAUCUGUUUGAUGAUUGGAUAUUCUGCUUUGUGCUAGCUCGAUGCGUUUUUACGAAGGGAGAGAGAUAGAGAAUCUUGCUACCCAGUUCCCAUGUACGCAUUUUUAUACUGUUGUGCGUAUUUGUCUUUAUUUAAAUAAAAAAAGAAGUCUAGGCUCUUUUAUUUUAGCUGGAACCUAUAGUUCACCAGCAGCCUGCUCAACACAACCCGCUUCUCAUCCGUUUACGUGCUGCUUUGAGAUCACACUCACUGGCGCCCUCACAGGUUGAUUGCCACCGAGAAAAAUCAAUCAUUGUAAAUUUCACAACAAAAGUUCUUAACCGUGCACAAA